AUGCGUUUCUCCACCGCCACCAUUGCCCUCUUCGCCAGCCUGGCUGCUGCCGCCGUCCAGAACGGUGCCGACUCCACUGUCUACCAGACCGACGAGGUUACCGUCAUCUCCUGCGCCGCCUCUGUCACCGACUGCCCCGGCCGUGAGACCUCCACCCCCGCCGGUGUUGAGCCCACCACCACCCCCGCUGGUGUCGAGCCUACCACCACCCCCGCCGGUGUUGAGCCUACCACCGCUGUCCCCCCUCCGGCCCUGCCUCCUCUGGCCCUGCCCCCAGCUGGUCCUCCGUUCCCGCUCCCCCCCGCUGUGACUUCCUCCGGUGGCUCUCCCCAGCCUCCCGCUGUCACCACCCCGGCCAUGAGCUACAGCUUGACCACCUUCACCAGCUGUGUCCCCACCGUCAUCACCUCCCAGGUUCCCAUCCCCUCCGCUCCCGGUGGUGGCUCCCCCGUCGGCCCUGGCUCCGGUGGCGUUCCCCACGUUCCCUCUUCCUCCUCCGCUGUUAACCCCAGCGGUACCUCCCCCGUCUCUCCCUCCGGUACCCCCGCUUUCAACGGUGCCGGUGCCGUCUCCGGCUCCCUCACCUUCGCUGGUGUUGCCGCCGCCGCUGCCUUCUUCCUGGCAUAA